UCCGAGGCGAUUUGUGGUAUACCCCGUAAGAGUACACGAAAGAAAUCGAUAUGGACUCGCAGGGAAGCGCGAACAGCAUGGCCGAAUCUGCUUCGGGCCAUGGAGAAACUAUGGUGAAGCCAAACGCGCCUUUGCCACAGCAAGGCUUUCAGGUGCGACCGCAGGGUCCUCCUCCGUCCCCGAGAAAUUCGAUAAAUAAUGGUCCCGUAGGCGCGCCCAGGCCGGGACAGCCGCUACGCCGAUUGGACAGUCGUUCCACCCUCGGUCCGCCACCGGCCUCGGGUCAGUUCGUGCAACUCAGACCCUACGGCCCGCCAAGACCACCAGGAGGCGCCGUUUUUCCUCCAAGGCCGCCGCAACCCGGUCAACAGCUGCCGCCGCAGAAUCCACGUUUCGCGUUAUCCCCGGGAAUUCGAGGUCCUCCGCCGCAAGCAGUAGCAGCGGGCCAACGACCACCCUUCGUCGGCAACCAACAAGUCUAUCAAGCGCAGCAGCAGCAGCAGCAGCAACAGCAACAGCAGCAGCAACGCAUCAGCAACGAUCCGCGAUUCCAACGACCGCCGGACAUCGCGCCUCAAAACGAGCCGCGGCGACCUAGUCAAGAAUCCGUUUUACCGAGACAAUUGCUGAGGAAUGACUCGCUAGUGACCCUGCAGCGGCAGCAUCUUUUGUCAAACGAGGAAAUCAAGCAGCCGACGCGACCACGCAUUGUCAUUGAGAAGAUGGCGGAUAUAAAUGAGACCAGCAUCGAUAAACCGGAGAGCUAUCUGCAGAGGAAGAAAUCUGAUGUACGUGAGAAUGGAGAAAACGACGACGACGACGAUGUCGUGAUGGAUAGAGAAAAGUCGCCGCGACACAAUAACGCUGCCGAGGGAUUGGUGAAUGGUUCCAAGUCGCCCUUCACGCCGAGGAGACUCGACGAUACGAGCAAACCCGCGAGCCGACCAGGCACGGCCACCAUCAAAGAUAAGGAAGAGAAAGUGGAAGAUAAGCAAGAUGUUCUCUCAAGACCAAUUUCCACCAUGGAAGUUGCCCAUGUCUCAACGCCAGUUGUCAUUUCUCAAAGCAGACCUUCCUCCGCGAUAAAUGACGAUAAGGAGGAAAAAUUCGCAACGAAAGCUUCGUCGCUCGUCGACAAAGCGUCUCGACCGCCGAGCGCGAUAUCGAUAUCCGAACCAGCCGAAGUGAUCAAGAUGUCUAGCACAAGUCCGUAUCACAAGAACGCGCCUUCGGAUACUUUGCGAUCCGCCACUCCGUCCCGUCUGGACGCGGAACAGGAAUUAAAGACGUCAGACAAGUCGCGUUCCGGCACGCCGGCCGGACUGGAGCCGCCCGGAAACGCGGAAUCGAAGACUCCGGAUAAAUCGCGCGCGAGCACGCCAGCCAGCGGACUGUCGCUGUCGCCGAAUGCGGAGAGAGAAACGCUGAAGACCCCGUCGAAAACGCCGGACAGGUCGCGUUCCAGCACGCCAGCUGCGAGCAGCGACGAGGCGGAGUCGAUGAAACACUCCGUGGAAAGCACUCUGCAGAUGAAGCAACCCAGUAGACCAGCGUCAUCGUUAGGUUCGCCCAGCUCGAUAAAAGACAGCAAGUCGCCGAAAUCACCGAGAUCACCCGACGAGAACGUGAAGGGCUUCGAUGACGGACAGCAGAGAUCGUUAUCAUCUAGCAGCCCUCAAUCUCCGAGACCCGCCGUCAGCGCGAAACCGGCGGAGGGUGAAAAGAAGCGAACGUCCUUCGUUGAAGACGCGAAGAAAGCGAUGGAUAUAGCGGACAAGACAGCGACGUCGCCGACGAAGCCUACGACUCUCGCAGCUAAAACACCACGCGCGCAAACACCGAUGAAACUGGACGACGGGAAAGGAGAAAGGAAAUCUUCGGAGAAAAAAGGGGUCCAAAAUGGUAGUACAAGCGAGUCGCAAGCUAAUGCGCAGACUACAAAUGGAGUCGCGGAUUCGCCAACCAAAAAGUCUAAAGAUAGCGACAAGAGGUCGACGGCUGGAUCGCCUACGAAAUCGCCUAGCAAAUCCGCUAAAUCGCUACCACGAACUCCCGACACACCUUCGUCGACUGCCCAAGAAAAAAAGAAGGUGCCGAUGAACAAAGUUCAAGUCGGCGCUGCGCCUUCGCCGAACUUGAAGGUUGUACGGUCAAAGAUCGGUUCUCUAGACAACGCGAGUUACAAGCCGGGCGGCGGCAAGGUGAAGAUAGAGAACAGGAAGCUGGACUUUGGAAGCAAAGCGCAACCGAAAAUUGCUGCCAAGAACGACAAAUACAUGCCCAGCGGUGGCGACAAAAAGAUCGCCCAAGUGAAACUUCAAUGGAAUGCUAAGUCCAAAGUGGGCUCGUUGGACAACGCAACUUACAAGCCGGGCGGCGGUGAUAAGAAGAUCGAGACGGUAAAACUCGACUUUAAGGACAAGGCGAAGCCAAAAGUCGGAUCUAAGGAUAACGCGAAACACGUUCCCGGUGGCGGCGCCAUUAAGUCCGCAACUCCACCUAAGACACCGCAGGAAACGAAGAACGACAUCCCGAUGCAAAAGGUAGACAUCAAGGCCGAAAGCAAGAUUGGCUCGUUGGAUAACGUAAAGCAUAAGCCGGGCGGUGGUGACAAAAAGAUUUUCAACGACAGAGACUAUCUUCGGCAGACUAGUUCAAACGUUGAAAGCGUGAACGGCAGUGGGUCUCAGAGCCCCGUGCCCUCUGGCGCGAUCACCGACUCCGGCAAGAACGGCCUGCCAGCCUCGGACGAGAACCUGAACCAGGAAUGCUAGGUCAUGAAAAGUCGGCCGAUAGACUCGCUUUAACUAUAUCAUUUGCAUAUGAUUAAUCACGUUUACCUAUCCAUCCCCCUUUAGAGGACGAACGAGCGCGGUUCACGAGCGCGCGCGCGCGAUUGAGAGCAAUAUUGAGGCGGACGGCGCACGGAACUCCUUGAAACAGAAAAAAAAAAAGAACAUUACAAUCGAUAUCUCGUCUAUGCAAAAAUUGCACGACGGACGAACUCAAUUAACGAAUGAAUUAUUGCACCAAUUUGCUGUUUGGACGCGAACUCUGAGUAUUUCCACAUCCUGCAUUUAAAAGAACUUUUAGUUGUCCUUAUGUUAGAAAUCUUUAUGCUGCACGUAAAAGCAGCCUCUAUCACGUAAAUACGUAAAUCACAAAGCACGUAAAAGAAACAAAAAGGACUGAGAAAAAUAUUUCAUUUUAUAUAUAUAUAAAAAGAAAAAUAAGGAGAUUUGAGAAACGAUCUCCUUACGCGUCAGAAAAUCCUUUGCCUUUUUAAGCGAUAACUUUUCUAUCGGUGGUUACAUUCCUGUUGCAGCUCCCCUUUGCGAUCUUUCAAAUCAUUGUGUCGACAUCCUUCACGCGCUCACGCUAUGUAAAUGUUAAUAUUUGCAAGUUAUCGAUUUUUGAUACGCAUUGUGCCAUAACAUUAUCACAAGCUGCAUCGCGUAUAGCAGUGCGCGGCCAUGUGCAAUGAUACGUUUAAUCAAUCGCAAUGCAUGAUGUAUAAUCGCUUAAGAAGUUAAAUGGACAACGCGCGUAAAGAUAACAAACGUAAGACAUAAGACACAAAGUAAACUAAUAUUAAAUGAAUUCAAAUUACUCGUCAUACCUGAUUUUGCAGAAAAUGCGAGUGUAACUUCGUCCAUCUUUGUUAUUCGUUUCGCGGCACUGCAGAAAACGUCAGCGUAAUAUUGUCACUUUCAUUAUUUAAUUUACGACGUUGCUGUAAUUUUUCAUCUCUUUCCAAAACACAUUUGUACGUAAAAAGAAUUUGCAGGAAGAUACCCGUGCGUCGUUGUAUGCGGAAAGAACCAUCUCUAGUCCUCUCAGGGGAAGACGAAUAGACGUUAGACAAACGAAGCGCGCGUAUACAUACAUUACUUUUCGCGUGAGGCAAUCUCAACAGCUGACAGUCCUCGGCGUACUCCGCGCGUACGUCGCAAGCAACUUCACCGUCACUUCGAGCGUCAUUUCGGGCAACGUCGGAUAAAAUGAGCCGCGAACGACGGCGCGUAGUUACCGUUCACAUAGGUAUUUUCGUUCGACGUGGUCGGUCUGAUGAUUUCUGAAAAGGCGAGAGACUGAUCAGCGACAACAAUCUCGAUCGACGGAUCGUCAGAUAUUUGGGGAACCAGUUGCACAGAUAUCGUUUAAUCGUGGAUAACCCGGUAGUUUUUUUUUUUGUCGCUGCAUUUAUCGUUGUAGCCGCGAUUGCAAUGGGAAGGGGGAAGCUGUUGAAGUCUCGGAGCUUUACGCGGAGUUACUGGUUAGCGAGGAUUGUAUCGGUGCAACGAGGCCGGGCGCGAAUUAGGGUUUUGGGCGAAAGGAAAAGUGCCAGAAGAGCCGUGUAACACGCGGGUGAAUCGCGACGUGAUCAGCACGCGCGACACCCGACGUCGGAUACAUCGGGCUGAUUAUAGAUUGCGAUUAGAUGACAGGAUGGGUGUACGAAUUAUUCAAACAUUAUUGCAGCGUACCGUGAUCGGUACGUAUGCCAUCUCGUCGCACCACCGCGAGUGUGUAACGUAUCGCUAGUGCGACAGAGUGAUGAGAGUUUGUCGACGAAGAUCGGAAAGACGAGAGAUCGGUGAUGGAGAAAGUGUCCGAGUCGUGCGACCACGCCAAAAAUGCUAAAAAAAAAAAAUCUCUCACUUACGUCACACUACUACCUUAGGUACCUCGUGCAAUUUACACGUCGCUAGAAAGAGAGAUAUGUAUAACACAUUAUUUACACUGUAUUGCUUCCAUAUGGAUUAUUAAGAGAUACUUCGAUCCAAUUAACAUAUUGCGAUACUUCACGGAGACAAAAUGGUAAUUAACGUUAGACCCUCGUAAUUGUCACAAGUUACCACUUCAUACGAACGCAAUAGUGUAACGACUAUCCAGCGCAUCUUGGAUUAGGGUCGCUGGAGAGGCAUUAUAAUAAUAUUUUUGUUUUUAAAUUUA